AUGGACCUGGCUGGUCUGUCAUCGAACUGGAAGAAGCUACAGGCCACUCUCAAGAAAUCAGAAAAUGCCGAACCAUCGUCCAAACCCGCAAAUCAAAAUGACCUGAAGCGCAAGCGCGAGCAAUCGAAGGCUGCUACCACCAAGCCUUCUUUGCUACCCAGAAAGAAGUUGCGUACGACCAGGACCAUGGCUCAGAGCGGAAUGGGAGCAAAGGCGACUGUUCCUAUCCAGGACCUGGAAAAGUCGGAUAAUGGUGUGCGUCCAAGACCUUCAGAUAGGACAUUUUCAGACAAAGUAAAUGCCGGACUCUCGAAGUCGGUCGAGAUUGGCAAGUAUAUUGCCAUUGACUGCGAAAUGGUAGGAGUCGGCCCUCACCCAGAUAGGGAAUCUGCUCUGGCUCGAGUCAGUAUCGUCAACUACAAUGGAGACCAAGUUUACGAUUCCUACGUAUUGCCCCAGGAGACGGUGACAGACUGGAGGACUUUCGUCAGUGGGGUGGAACCCAAACAUAUGAAAUAUGCUCGAUCUUUUCAAGAAGCGCAGGCCGACGUUGCCAAAAUCAUGCAUGGCAGAGUACUCAUUGGUCACCACAUCAGCCACGACUUGAAUGCCCUGAAGCUCAGCCACCCACAGCGAGAUAUUCGUGAUACCGCACGGCAUGCGCCAUAUAAAAGAAUACACGGAGGCAACGGGUACCCCCGCUUGAAGAUGUUGGCCUCGGAAUUGCUCGGAUUCGAGAUACAAGAGGGUGAACACUCCAGCAUAGAAGAUGCCCGGGCUUGUAUGCUCCUUUUCAGGAGAGAUAAGGCUGCCUUUGAACGAGAUCACGCUAAAAGAUGGCCUACGAGACCUCCACCCCCUCCCAAGCCGCUCGAUGACACAGAAACCCAAGCACAAGCGCCGAAGGCCAAGAAGAAAAAGAAAAAGAAGAAAUCGAAACGAUGA